AUGGAUUAUUCUGAGGCGAAAUCAAUUAAACAGAUUCAUGACUAUAUGAAAGAAUGCUUAAGUAAACCUUUCAAUGACAAAAAUUCAAUAGAACUAUGCGAAAAUGAUAUACCAUCAAUCUAUAGUUCACUAAAAAAAUAUAUAUUAAGAUUAACAAAUAUAAACAAUUUCAUGAGGUGUGAAAAUUAUGUAUUAAAAAAAAAAAAUGAAAAACUCAUUAAAAAUAUUAAAGAAUCAAACAUCUCAUAUAUGGAUAAAAAAAACAUGCAUGAUAUAUAUAUAAAUAAGAUAAAUAAAUUAAAUAACGAAAAUGAUUUUAUUAAAUAUAAAUUUCAAAAAAUGCUAAGGAAAAAUAUUUCCUUAGAAAGAAACAAUAUCGAAUUAAACAGAAACUUAUUAAAUAAAGACAAUUACACACAUCUUGAGAAUAAUAAAAAGAGAGUAAAACAUGACAAUGAGGAAAACAAAAUUAUAGAGACAUAUAAAGGUUACAGCUCCAGUCAUUUAUAUGAACAUACAAAAUGUGAUAAUUCAAUUAUUUUCAAUAAUGAAAAUUAUUUAGAUAAUAUAAAUCCUUUUUCCCUUGAAAAGGAAAUAGAAAAAAUCAUUGAAUGCACAAAUAUAUUACAAGGCAUAUUAAAUUUAUUAAAUCAUAAUUUAAAAUAUGAAGAUCCAAUUAUAUUUGCAGAAACGUUAAAAAACAUGAACAUAGAAAAAGAAAAGCUAUUGGAACAUAAUUCUUAUUUAAAAAAUAAAAUUUUGCAAAUAGAAACAUUUAUUUUAAAUGAUCCUUUUUUAGGUGAAAAAUUUAGUAAUUUAUAUGAUAUGGUAAAUAUAGAUUUUGAUAAAUCUAUAAAAAAAAAUAUAAAAUUAUAUGAAAAACAAAAUAUGAAAAUAUUAUUUAAAAGAUUAUGUUCAUUGGAAAAUAAAAAUGAUGAUAUAAAAGAUGAAUUAAUCUAUCAAAAAAAACAAUUAGACAUGUACAAAAUGCAUAUAUAUGAUAUCAAAAAUAUAAUUAAAAAAAAAAUAAACAAUUUUUACACCCUUAAUUAUCAUCAAAACAUUGUGUUUAAUGCAUUAAACAAAUUUAAUAAUGCAAAAUUUGCUUUUAAUAAUUUAAAUUAUUUUAAUUCAUGUGAAAAUGAUGAAAAAUCCAUUUACAACUCUUCCAUGAUUAAAGACAAAUUUAAUUGCACAAAUAAUUUGUCUACAAUUAAAAAUUCAGACUCGUUUACUAUUUUUCAAAUAAAUAAUAAUAAAACUGGUCAUAAUCAUAAAUUGCUAAAUGAGGCUUGGCAAAGAAUUUCCCAAUUAGGCCAAGAUGUCUGCUAUUUCAAAAAAAAAAAAACUGAAAAAACAUGGUAUGAAGGAGAAAAAGACAUUUCUGGAGAAGAGGAUGAUUAUAUGGCUAAUGAACUAUACUACAUAAAAAUCAAGGAAUUAAUAAACAAAAGAAAAAUAAAGCUGAAUAAUUUUUUAAAUAGCGAAUUAAGAGAAAUUAAAUACACACAAAAUGAUACUAGUAAAAUAAGCCAAUGCAAACUAGGUGGCUAUAAAUUAAAUAACUGCAAUUUGAAGAUAGAUUCGAGCAAAGAUCCAAACUAUGAAAAUAAUUAUAUUAAUAGUAGAAUUAUUUUAAAAUAUAUGAAAUAUAAGCAAGCAUAUAAUUUUUAUAUGCAAAAUAAAAAUUUAUACAAAAAAAAUGUAAACAAAACAAAAUUUAACGAUUUUUUAAAUAAAUACAUAUUGAAUGAUGAAUGCCAAAACCCUUUAAAUUAUAAUAAUGAUAUCCAAAUUGGUGGUGUAAAAAAGACAUUUUUUGAAUUACAUCAAAAAAAAAAAAUUCCACAUAAAAAGAAAUCCAACGAACAAAGAGAAAGCAUGUACGUUGAAAUAGAAAAUAUAGAUUUCGGUGAAAAUCAAAUCAAAUUGUCUCAAGAAAAUAAUUUGUUAAUUUCUAAAAAAAGCGAUAAUAGUGAGCUGUUGUGUGAAAGUGAAAAUGUGAAAAAAGACAUCGAAAAUGAAACAAAAAAAAAUGAUUCACUCGAAAAAAAUGAAGACAAUUAUAUAAGUUUAAAUAAUUUAAAAAAUAAUGAUAACAACUCUGAAAAUUUUAAUUCAUGUCUAGAAUGUCCCAAAAGGCAUGAUUUAUCUCUAGACAUUUUAAGAACCAAUAUUAAUAAUCUUGCUAAAAAAAAAACAAUUGAAAAUACAAAUAAUGAGCAUAUAGAAAAUGGUAUCCAUAAAAGAAGUAAUUCCAAUAUGUUGGAAAGUUAUGAAAUAAACAAAAAUAUUUCAUCAUCUAGUAUAAAUAGUAAUCAAAAUUUUAACACAACAAAAGAACAAUUAUAUCAAAAUGUGAUAAAUCGUGAGCAUUUCCAAUAUUCAAUAGAAUUUGAAUCGACCAAUGAAUCUGAAAAAUUAACAAAUAUAAAAGAAGAAAGCGAAAAAAGUGCCAAUGAUUUGAAAAAGGAAAUAAUUAUUCAAGAAAAUAAAUAUGAUUCUACAAAUGAAGAUUUUAAUCAAAAUUUAAAACACCAAAAAAGCUCAAUUUUUGUAAAAAAAAAAAUAGAUUGUGAUAUCGAAGUUAAGAAAAUUAUAAAUCAGUUAAGUAUCGAAUUUUAUUCAGAUGAAUUAAAUAACUCAAAAGAAUCUGAAGGAAAAGAAAAUUUUAUUUCAAUUAAAAAUAUAUUAGAUUCGCCAAUUUUAGUUAAAGAUGAUCAAGAAAAUUAUCCAAAAAUUCCCAAAAGGGUAAAUUUUUCAAGUUCAACAAAAAAUGAUACAAUGGAUAUUCAUGAAAAAAGUAUAACCGAUUCAAAUAAAGCAAUAAAAAAAAUGAGUAAUAAUAAAAUUGACAAUUCUGAAAACCAUGAUAAUAAAAAAGGUGAACCUAGUGUUGAGCAAAUUGAAAAGACAGAGAUAAUGGAAACAAAUUCAUAUGAAAAUUCUCUCCAAAUUAAUAAUUUCGAAAAAAGGAAAUCUUCUGAUAUAUGUAACACGGAUGAGUUUGAUCUAAAGAGAUCGAUAAGUGGAUAUUCGGAUCCAGACUUAUUUGACAAUAAAAAAUAUUCAAAUAUUAAGAUUGAAUUAUUUAGAGAUAUAAUAUAUAAAUAUGAUAAAAAUUUGUAUGAAUUUUUUAUAAAGUUAAUAUUACAUAGUAAUACUGAUUUAGUAGGAGAAUUUAAAAACAAAAUAUUUAAUGCUCAAAUUGCGUCUGAAAAUGUAUUAGAUUAUAUUGUUAGUAAUUACACAAAAAAUGAAAACCGGGGUAAUAAUAUAAAUAUCAAUAAAAAUACAAAAAUAGAAGAAACUGAAAAAGUCAUAGAUUUACUAGGAAAAAAUGACUGCAAAAUAAUCAAUGAAUAUAUAUGUAACAACAGCACGAGUACAUCUUUACGAACUUUGUACCAUAAAAUACAUUUUAUAACGAAGGAGAAUUAUAAAGAGUUUAAAGACAGAUUGUUAGAAAGUGGUGUAAUUAAUUUAAUAAAUUUAUUUUUGGAUGAAGAUAUAAACCAUUUUGAUAAAAUAUUUUCUGUGUCUUUUGUUAAUUUUGGUGAUACGCUUGGUAUAUCGAGGGAUACAUGUAUAUCUCAUUUUAAUAACAUGGAUAAAAAACAUAAAGAAAAAGGAUAUAUUUAUUUGAAGCAUAUACUUGAUUAUUUAAAUAUAGAAAAUGAAAUAAAAGAAGAAUACCACAAAUAUAAUUUUAUAUCCGUAAAAAACAAAAACUACAUAUAUAUAAGUAUUAAUGAAAAUUAUUCUAAUUUAUAUGAGUUUUUUAAUGCAAUAAUAAAGAAAAAUAAUUUAUAUAUAACUUUGAAUGAGUUUGUUUAUUUUUUUUCUCAAGAUGAAAAAUUGAAAAAAUAUAAUUUUAGAAAAAAAGAUGUGAUUGAGUUGUAUUAUUCUAUCCUGUUUUAUGCAUACUAUAAUAAUAAAAAUAAAAAACUUUUGAAUAUUUUACAAUCUUCAGAUAACCCUAAAAAUGAUGGCAUAAAUACUGUUGCUAAUAAUAAUGUGGUUAACAAAGAAACUGACGAUAAAAAAGAAUUAUAUAAAAAGGAAGAUGAAAAUAGUGAAUAUAAUUUGCAUCUAUAUAAGGGAUAUUUCACCCUAAGUGAUUUCAACUUUGUGAUUGAAUUAAAAGAUCUUUAUUCGUAUUUUGAAGGAUCGGAGUGCCCAUAUACAAAAAUAAAAAGAAGAAUAAUAGAAAUUUAUGGAACUUUAAAAAAUGGGGUGCUAAUAAAUAGUGAAAUGUGUAAUAAUAAUGAUGAUGAUGAUGACAAUUUGGAAAACAAUGAUGCAGAUUUAAAAGAUUUAGGCAUUGAGUUAAAUGAAGAUUCAUUUAAAAUAUUUAUGAAAGACAAAUAUAAAUAUAUGCACUACUCUAAAUUAUCAUUAUAUAGAAAAAAAGCAGACUCCAAUAAAAUAGUGCAAAAAAUAAAUAAGAAAACAUUUAUGUGUUUAAUGUAUAAUAUAGGUAUACAUAUAAAUUAUUGUUUAAUUUUGUGGAAUAACUUUAUACAGUUUUUAGAAGCAGAUUUAUUAGAUUAUAAAAUACUCUCUGCUUUUUUAAAUGGAGAAAUUAAUCUAUCUAAUAACGAAACUGAACAAGAUAUCAAUUAUAUAAAAAAAAAAAUAAUGAAUAAUAAUUUAGAAGUCGACGAAUUUUCUAGAAAUAACAAACACAGGUUAGAUGGUACUAUAUGUUCACAUUUAUUUAAAAAUACUCAAAAACUAUAUUCUACUCAUGCAUUGACUUUUGAUGAAAUUGAAGUGCUUUCAAAGGUGCUGACAAAUGUGCAUCCAUUUAAAUAUUUAUAUAAAAACGAAAAAAAAAAGUUUAUAAGCAAUUUGACAAAACAUUGUUACAAAAAAGGACACACCUUUGAGUCUAUAAAAAAAGAGAGAAACGUUAAAAAUAAUGAAAAAGUUUGUAAUAAGGAAAAAAAAAGUACCGAAAAUUAUAUGGAUACAGAAAUUAUUAUUCUCUUAAACGGUAUACUGAAAAACACCAAAGAAAAUAAUUCUUUCAUUAAUAGUGUUAAUGUAAUCGAAAAAUGCAACUUAAAGUUUUACAUAGCUCAUACAAAUGUUGCUAUAGUCGAAAUAAACGAUAAUAUUUAUACUGAGGAUUUUGUUAAUUUGGUUAACAGAAAAAGAGAAUUAUCUAAUGAAUUUAUGAGUAUUGUUGAUAAUAUACCUAUAUUUAAAAACUUUACAUAUGAUUUAAAAAAUUAUAUAUCUAUGAAUAUUAAAAAAUGUGAAUAUAAAAAUAAACAAUAUAUAAUAAGACAACAUGAUGAUCCUUUGGAUUUUUAUAUAUUAAAAGAUGGAGAGGUUAAUAUUUAUUAUAAUAAUACAGAUAAUGCUAUAAACACGUUGUCAGCAUAUUCAUUUUUUGGAGAAAUAUCCAUAAUAUUUAAUACGUUGAGAACAUGUAACGUUGCUGUUAAAUCAGAUAUAGCCAUUUGCUAUUCUAUUUCUAGUGAAUAUUUUCUAUCUUUGUUAAAUAAAGAUAUAGUCAAAGAAUUUAUAAUCCAUUCUCAAAUUAAUUAUAAUGAAGAAAGCUUAAACAAUGCUAUCAUAACAUAUAUGAAUAAUCAAAUACAAAAUAAUUCAAAUAAUAUAAAAGACAUAAACAUAUCAAUAUCCCGUUUGAAUAUGUCACCUAAUACAUCUGUAAAUACAAGUAUGAGCAACAAUUGGAAAAACAUUAGUCGUGAUAAUAUAAGUAAUUUAACAUCAUCUACGACCUUAUCAUUAGAUAACAUUAUGUUAGAUACAGAAUACAUAGAUAAUAAAAAAUAUAUCCGUUCUUUUUACAGUGAUUUAGACAAAAUACUUUUAAAUAAUUUUAAUACUGAGCAAAAAUAUUUGAUUGAAGAAAUUGAAACAAAUUUAAUGAGAGUGAAAGUUUUUAAAAAUAUAUUAAGUAAAAUGGAAAAAAAAGAUCAAUUUGUAAAAAAUUUGAAAUAUGAAAAAUGUCCCAAAGGAAAGCAUUUAAUAUUAGAAGGAGACAUAUGUGAAAAAUUUUAUUUUAUUAAGCAAGGUGUAGUUUCAAUACGUCAAUUUAAUCAAUAUAAAAAUACGUAUGAUGAAAUAAUUACUUUUAAAGAUAAUCAAUAUUUUGGUCACCAAUUAAUUUUGAGCAAAGCUCCAUCUAUUUUUAUUGUAGUAACUGUAUGUAAUACCGAAUUAUACACAAUAGAUGCAAAUUUGUAUAUACAGUUUUUAUCCCCUUUUAUUGGAAUACUUAACAAAUCAAAAGAUAUAAAUCAACUAGAUAUUUUAACAGAAAGUAUAAAUAAUGAUGCUAAAAUACAAAAAAAAGAUGGAGACUUUAUAGCAAAAGCUAUACAUUUUUUAAAAAAAAUAAAUAUUAUUAAUAAAUUAAGUGAUGAUGAAUUAUAUAAUAGCGCUAAAAAUAUUCAAUUUAAAUUUUUUAAAAAAGGAAAAGUUAUUAUAAAAUAUCAAGACGAACCUGAUUUUUUUUAUAUAAUUAAAAAGGGGAUUGUUUCGGUAAAAACGGAUAAUGGAGGAAAGAGUAUAUCCAAUGAAAAUAGCUUAAAUGUGAAUAUAAAUAUGGAUUUUGAUAAAACAAAUAUUACUGAAUCACAAAAUGAAGAACAUAAUAUGGUCAAAUCUGUAUAUUUGCACAAAUAUGAAUAUUUCGGAGAAUUGUCUAUCAUAAAUAAUCAACUAAGAACAGCUACAUGUGAAGCGUAUACAAAUUGUUUCUUAUUAGCUAUAGACAAAAUAUCUUUCACAAAUUAUUUUAAUAAGAUAUUUAGCGAACUAUUACAAGAAGCAGAAAUAAAGUAUACAAAAAAUUAUUCUUUACCUCCAUGGCUAAAAACCAUAUAUGGUAAUGAAAAUAACUAUGAUAAUAUAAAAUCUUUUAUAUCUAUAAACUUGCCUAAAUUAGAUAGUUCACUAAGUAGUUUAUCAGAUAGAAGUAGCGAAGAAUUUGAAUUUGAAAAAGAUAUAAAAAAGAAAAUUAAAAAAGCGAAAAAAAAGGAGAAGGAAAUAAAAAAUAAGAAAACGAAUAAGAAUAGAAGCGAUAAAACGCUAGAAAAAGACAAAGUAAAUACUAAAAGACAAAAUAAUAAUGAAAAUUCAAAUAAAAAAAAAAUUAAUGAAUCAACGAAUGGUAUAUCCCAUUCAAAAAGUAACUCAAACUUACUCAGUUUAAGUAUAGAAAAUGUUGAUGAAAAAAUAAAAGAGAUUGAGAAAGAGAAAGACAAAAAAUUAGAAGAAAUGAAAUUAAAAGAAUUAAAAGUCUUCGAACAAAUCAAGUUAAGGGAUGAGAAAAAAGUCGAAAGAAUUAUGAAAAAAAAAAAUAAAAAAAAACAUAAAAAAAACGAUAUGCUUAAAUUAGAUGAUAAUAUUGAGAAAAAAACUGAAAAAAUAAAUAAGAAAAAGAAUGAUAAUCUUGCAAAGGAAAAAUUUCCAGAAGUAGAAAAUAGCCAAAUUAGUGGAAAGGUAAACUUAAAUGAUGGAAAUAACCCAACAACCCGGGUAAAAGUUAAUGGGUUGAAAGAAGCACACAAUGAAAAUAAUAAUAUUGCAGAGAAAAAACAUAUUUUACAGACUAAACAAGUAGAACAAAAAGAAGGAAAAAAUAAAUUAGCACCCUUAAAUCCUCCUAAAAAAUCAUCAAGCAUUUUGAAAAUUAGAACAAACUCAUCCAGUUCAACUGAUUUAGAUGUGAAAGACUUAAUACAAAAAUUAACAAAUUAUAUAGAGUCGGAAUAUAGUUCAAUUUAUCAAUUUUAUGAAAGUAUAGACAAAUUUAAUAGAGGGUAUAUAAAAUAUGAGGAUUUUUUGAAUAGUAUGAAUUCUAUAAAUAUUACAUAUAAAAUAUUUGAUAAAGAGGAAAAAAUAGAAAAUGUUUUUAAGCAUCUUUGUAAUGAUAUGAAUAUAUUAACACCAAAUAAUUUUUAUAUAAGUGUUUAUAAACAUAAAAGUAUAGAUAAAUAUGAACUAAACUUAAGGUUAUGUGAAAUGUAUAGUAAUAGUAUAUUAGGUUUUAAAAAAAACACUUCAUUAAAAACAGUUGAUGAUGCUAUUAUAAACUAUGAAGAAUUUGAAAAUGUUUGUAACCAAAUUGGGUUAAUUGAUAAAGAUAAUAUACAAAAUAUUUGGAAUGAAAUAAAUAUAAUGAAUGAAGGAAAUAUACCAUUAGAAAUUAUUCUAAAUAUAAUUAACGGAGAGUUAGGUGUUGAAGAAUCGUAUGAAAUAUAUAAUAACAAAAAGUCGAUUCUAAAUCAAGUUGUUAAUUUUUUUCAAGGUAAUAAUGCUGAACUUAUAAAAAUGAGUACUAAUGUUAUGGAAUAUAAUAUACUAACUAAUUAUGAAGAUCCUGUAAUUAUUAAUAAAUCACAACAUAAAUCAUAUCCAAAUGAAUGUAAUCAUAUAGUUAAACAACUCGAAUUGGAUCCCAAUUUUAAAAUUUUAACAUUAGAUCAAAGAAAAUAUUUUGCAACAUUAAUGGAUAGAAAAGUAUCAAAUUUGGGAGAUAUAAUAACUAAACAAAAUUCCGAAAAUGCACCAAUUAUAUUAUUAUUUGAAGGAACGGCUAACUUAAUUACAUAUACCCUAUUUGGUAUAGAAACUGUUGUUCGAGAAAUUAAAAACGAUGAAAUAUAUGGUUCAUCAGAGGUUAUUGCUGAUUCUCGAUCAGAUUAUGAAGUAAAAAUAAAUUCAAAUAGUGCAAUAAUUUGGAUAUUAAAAAGAGAACAUUAUAAUGAAAAAAUUAAACCUAUGUUAGAAGAAAGACAACAAAAUUGCACCCAUAUUUUACAAGUACUUAAAAAUGUCCCAAUAUUAAGAUAUUUGCCUUUAGAAAUACUUGAUAAUAUUUCUUAUUCUAUGAAAAUUGAAAUUCAUGAACCUAAUCAUACGAUUAUAAAAGAAGGGGAUUAUGAUGAUAAAUUUUAUAUUAUAUGUAAAGGAUUAGCAACUGUUGAUAUACCAUCAAAAUUUAGUUAUAAUAAACUUAUUAUUUCAUCAUUAAAAAAAGCUGAUUAUUUUGGAGAAUUAUCAUUAAUUAACAAUACUGCAAGAACAGCAAAUGUUGUUUUGGAUACUACCUCUAUUCUGUUUUCUCUCGUAUCCUCGGAAUUUAAUAGGUUGUUAAGUCCUUAUUUUGAUAAAUUUACAAAUAGGGCUAAAGCAAAUUAUAAAAAAAUUAAAAUAGAAAAUCCAUUACCCGACACAGAUAUACAAAUACAUAAUGUCAAUCAAAAUUACCCCAAUUCAUUGAUUUAUAAUAGAAACAGGAAAACAAAAGUUACUAUACAAGAUAGUAACUAUUUGAAAAAUAUUGAAAAUAAUCUGAAACAAAAUAUACCCAAGCAAAAUGAACCACACAAAUCACAAAACCCUGACAAUAAAAUUAAUACAUAA